CGAAGAAUCCAAACAGCACCAUAUAUAUUGCCAUUCUGCAUACUACAAUUCUUGACUCUCUGUAUUACAAGUGUUGAGAAAAAAAUGGAGACAAGUUUAGUUUCCAAGUUCCUCAAAGUUUAUACUUUUUAUUUGCUAAUGGUAGUUCAGCUGGUCUUUUGCAUUGUUACCUAUGAUAAGAAGGCCAUUAUCAUUAAUGGCCAAAGAAGAAUUCUUCUAUCUGGUUCCAUACAUUAUCCUAGAAGCACCCCUGAGAUGUGGGAAGAUCUUAUAAACAAGGCCAAAGAUGCAAACUUGGAUGUUAUUGAAACUUAUGUUUUUUGGAAUGUUCAUGAACCUUCCCCUGGCAAUUAUAAUUUUGAUGGGAGAUAUGAUCUUGUAAGGUUUAUAAAGACUGUGCAGAAAGCUGGGCUUUAUGCACAUUUGCGCAUUGGACCUUAUGUUUGUGCUGAGUGGAAUUUUGGAGGAUUUCCUGUAUGGUUGAAAUAUGUUCCUGGUAUCAGCUUCAGAACAGAUAAUGAACCUUUCAAGGCAGCAAUGCAAAAAUUCACCAAUAAAAUAGUUGAGAUGAUGAAGAGUGAAAACUUGUUUGAGUCUCAAGGAGGUCCCAUUAUACUGUCUCAGAUUGAAAAUGAAUAUCAACCAGAAAGGGAGGCGCUUGGAGCAGCUGGUGAAGCAUAUGUCCAAUGGGCUGCACAAAUGGCUGUUGGAUUAAAUACUGGUGUCCCGUGGGUUAUGUGCAAAGAGGAUGAUGCCCCUGACCCUAUCAUAAAUACAUGCAAUGGUUUUUACUGUGAUGAAUUUUCUCCCAACAAACCUUACAAACCAACUAUGUGGACUGAAGCUUGGACUGGCUGGUUCGCGGAGUUUGGUGGCACGAUACCUAUGAGGCCAGUUCAAGAUUUGGCAUUUGCAGUUGCUCGUUUCAUACAGAAAGGUGGCUCAUUUGUUAAUUAUUACAUGUUCCACGGGGGAACCAACUUUGGCCGUACAGCUGGAGGACCUUUUAUAACAACAAGUUAUGACUAUGAUGCUCCCAUCGAUGAAUAUGGUUUGAUCAGGGAACCAAAAUAUAGCCAUUUAAAGGAGUUCCACAGGGUAAUUAAACUAUGUGAGAGCGCUUUAUUAUCUUCAGAUCCCACUGUUGUUUCACUAGGAAACUAUCAGCAGGCUCACGUAUUCUCGUCUGGCAAAGGAAACUGUGCAGCAUUUCUCUCAAAUUACGACAGUAACACUGCUGCUAGAGUAGUUUUUAACAACAAACACUUUAAUCUACCUCCUUGGUCCAUCAGUAUUCUUCCAGACUGCAGCCAUGUUGCCUUCAAUACUGCAAAGGUUGGGGCUCGAACUUCACAAGUGCGUAUGACACCAACUGUCUCUCAGCUCCACUCUUGGGGGGCUUAUAGUGAAGAUGUAUUUUCUUUAGAGGACAGCUCAACAUUUGAAGCUGUAGGACUUUUGGAGCAGAUAAAUAUCACCAGAGAUAACAGUGAUUACUUGUGGUACAUAACAAGUGUCGAUAUUAGUCCCUCAGAAUCAUUUCUACGAGGGGGACAAAAACCAACCCUCAACGUCUACUCAAGUGGACACGCAGUUCAUGUUUUUGUAAAUGGGAAACUCUCAGGUAAUGAUGCUUAUAUGCACAUAUUUGGUAGAACAGCUAGUAGGAAACAUUUUUUAUAUUUCCUUCUGUGGAAUUCGCAAUUUUCAGGAUCUUCUUAUGGUACUCGGAAGGACACAAAGUUCACUUUCACAGGACCAGUUGAUCUGCAGGCUGGAACAAAUAGAAUUGAGCUACUGAGCAUUGCUGUUGGCCUGCCGAACAUUGGACUGCAUUACGAGGAAUGGAAUACAGGAAUACUCGGGCCAGUUGUUCUUCAAGGUCUCAACCAAGGCCAUAAAGAUUUAUCGUCACAGAAAUGGACAUACAGAGUUGGAUUGAAAGGAGAAACAAUGAACUUGAUCUCUCAACACGGAGCAUCUUCCAUUGAAUGGAUUGGUGGUGCAGUAGCUACCCAAGGACAACAACCUCUUAAAUGGUACAAGGCUUAUUUUGAUGCACCAGAAGGAAAUGACCCUGUGGCACUAGACAUGAGAAGUAUGGGCAAAGGACAAGUAUGGAUCAAUGGACAAAGCAUAGGUCGAUAUUGGACAGCAUCUGCUAAUGGCAAAUGUGAUGAUUUCCACUAUGCUGGAACAUACAGACAAACAAAAUGUCAACUUGGUUGUGGUCAGCCAACUCAAAAAUGGUACCAUGUCCCAAGAUCUUGGUUGAAACCGACACAAAAUUUGCUCGUCUUAUUCGAGGAAAUAGGUGGUGAUGUAUCAAGGAUAUUGCUAGUGAAAAGGACAACUUCAUGAGUUUAUUUUAUUUGUUCUGUAGGCUUUGAUCAUGAGUUCCAUCACAUUUCUUGGAAAAUCCAAGAUCUGGUAGAAUUUCUUGUUUCUUUUUGUUUUAUUAGAAUUAACCAUUAUGAAUUUCCACUAUGCUUGGUAGAGUAGAUG